GCGAGUUUGGCCCAACAUCCAACAGUUUCUUAGUAAAUUCGGUCUGGCUAGCUUCUAAGAUUGUAUUUUUGUUGAAUUUUUUUUUAACCAAAAAACAAAUUGAGUGACUGCGCUCUAUCUAGGUAGUAAUAGCUAGCUAUGUGAGUUAUGCAAUUUCAUACUAUUCACAAUGGGUUGUAGAGUAAAAUCAGUGUCAUGAUCAGUAGGUGUGUGUACUUCUAGCUACGUUAUAGCUAACAAAUGUAAUGCAGAUAGCUAGUUAGCUGACGUAGCUAGCCAGAUUAGUAUAACAUAUUUCUGUAUCUAUCUGUGUAAACUACUAGUACUUAGCUAGCUAGUUACAUAUUUCAACAUAGCUUUACCUUGAUAGCUAGUUACCUGGCUUCUGAUUAAUCUUAAUUUUGUAGAUUUGACAACUUGUUAUCAACUAUUACUACCAUGGCCUGUGAACAACGUUUGCGGGCUGCUCAGGGCACCCAGUUACUGCCAAAUGUAGUUUCAACAGAACAGCAGUCCUUGAUUGUUGUGAAGAAACUGCUGGCCAUUGCAGUCUCCAGCAUCACUUACCUCAGGGGUCUUUUCCCAGAAAAAGCUUAUGGGAGAAAAUAUGUUGAAGAGCAGAAAGUUAUGAUCCUCAGGGAGGAGCGCACCUGCCCUGGUGCCAGUCAGAUUGUACAGUGGAUGCAUGGAUGCUUUGAUGCCCUUCAGAGAAAAUACUUGCGGACGGUCGUUAUGUCUAUAUACACAGACCCAGAGAAUCCAAAGAAGGUUACUGAAUGCUACCAGUUCAAAGUCCAAUACACUGAAAAGGGACCCAAAAUUGACUUUGAAAGCAAAAACAGCAAGAAUCUGGGAAAACUGGCUUGCAGCAGCACAAAAAAAUCCAGCAUCCUCCUGGUGCGUAAACUCUACACACUGAUGCAGAACCUGGGUCCUCUGCCAGACAAUGUCUGUCUUAACAUGAAACUCUCCUACUACGACGACGUCACUCCCCAGGACUACCAGCCCCCAGGCUUCAUGGAGGGGGACGGCGAUAGCAUGCAGUUUGAGAAGGAGCCCGUCAACCUGACCAUGGGCGAGGUGGUCACUCCCUUCCACACCCUGAAGGUGGACGUGACCACAGAGAGAGAAAGGCUGGAGCAGGUUGAUGACGAGCAGCCCAUCUGCGUGAGGGACAAGUGGGAGCUGAAGAUGGAGGAGGGGACAGUGACCAAGAUCAGCAGUCAGCAGACCCGCAUGAUAAAAGUAAUGGAAAAUCCGGACAACGACAUUUACUUGGACAAUUCCGAGGUCCAGGUGAACUGCCAGGAGAAGAUGGAGGUGUGUGAGGAGAGCACAGAGAACUCUCAGAUGGACACUUUGGGAAAGAGGACAUCUGACCUGGAAGUGGUCAUUAAGAGGACCAGGAGCGGACGCGUCACCAGGUCCACCCUGGAGAGAAAGGCUGAGACUGAGGUGCACAGUGUCAAGAAGAAGAAGCCCUCUCCCAUCGAAGACAAAAUGCAGAUAUCGCAGUUCGAGUUCCCCUGCAGUCAGGAUGUCCAGGCCUCUGUGCCGAAGAAACGUAAGUUCAGCGAACCCAAGGAACGCUACUGACCUCCCCACCUUACCUAUAAGAUACCUGUCAAGACAAGAACCGAUGUUCUAAUUUGGAUGGCCUCUAGGCCUUUUUAGUUGUUUUAAAGGAAAAGCUGUAGUGCCCACCGCCAACACCACAAUAGUACCUCUGCAUUCUGUUGUUACAAUGGAAAGAAUACAGGAAAUGGUUCUUUCUAGUCCACCUUGUUUAUGUUUAUACUUUUGUUUCCAUUGUUGAGUUACAUGCUAGUGUGUGAUAUGGAGACUGGGAAAAAUGUAUUUUCUACAAUUGUAUAUUAGGGUCUGUGAAGUGCGAAACUCACAGUUUUAUUUAUUUCCAAGGAUGACAUUUUCAUUGUGAGAAUUACUUAUUUUUGUCUUUUGAUUACCAUGAACGUUAUACUGUGCAAAAUUGUGUUUAUAUUUUAUAUUGUUAUAUAAAGUAUCAAUAUACAAUACCCUCCAGUUGUAAGUUAUUUGAUUAAAUGUAUGUUUCUAAUAAAUUAAAGUGCCUUUUCU